AUGAAGAACCAAUCCAUGGAACUAGAUUUCAUUCUUGUAGGAUUAACAGAUGACCCACAAUUGCAAAUUAUAAUAUUCCUAUUUUUAUUUCUUAAUUAUACACUGAGUCUGAUGGGGAAUUUGAUCAUUAUCCUUCUCACUCUGCUGGAUCCUCGCCUCAAGACACCUAUGUACUUUUUUCUCCGUAAUUUCGCAUUCUUAGAAAUGAUAUUUACAACAGUAUGUAUUCCCAGAUUCUUGAUAACCAUUGUGACUAAAGAUAAAACCAUCUCAUACAAUAAUUGUGCAGCUCAGUUAUUUUUUAUUCUUUUACUUGGAGUUACAGAGUUUUAUCUCCUGGCUGCCAUGUCCUAUGACCGUUACGUUGCCAUCUGCAAACCCUUGCAUUACCCCGUCAUUAUGAAUACCAAAGUGUGCUAUCAGCUUGUACUCAGCUCUUGGGUCACUGGAUUCCUCAUCAUUUUCCCCCCACUGGCUAUGGGACUCAAACUGGAUUUCUGUGCUUCCAGAGUGAUUGAUCACUUUAUGUGUGAAACUUCUCCUAUCCUGCAGAUAUCAUGCACAGAUACACGUGUUCUAGAACUGAUGUCUUUCAUCUUAGCUGUGGUAACACUCGUGAUCACGCUGGUGUUGGUAAUUAUUUCCUACACUUGCAUUAUUAAGACUGUUCUGAAAUUCCCUUCCGUCCAGCAAAGAACUAAAGCUUUUUCUACAUGUACUUCCCACAUGAUUGUUGUCUCCAUCACUUAUGGUAGCUGCAUCUUUAUGUAUAUAAAACCAACUGCAAAAGAAAGAGUGUCAGUAUCCAAAGGUGUAGCUUUGCUCUAUACUUCAAUUACUCCUUUAUUAAAUCCCUUCAUUUAUACCCUAAGGAACCAGCAGGUGAAACAAGUCUUCUGGGAUAUGUUGCAAAAAAUGUAUUUUUCUAAAAAACAACUUUAA